AAAGAACUCGGGAAUACACAUCAAGUAUCCGAUAAGAAUCGAAAUCAGAUGACUUAACGUCAUGUAGGAUGGCGGCGUGCGUACGAGAAAUCCAAGCCAGUGGAACGGAAGAGAUUUGUUAUAUCUUGCGGGAUGCAAAAGAUCAUCAACAUAUCGCUUGGGCCGGAAUUGAAUGUCAGAAACAUGGGAUCUUGGAUCGGGGAACAUCAGAGUUUGGAGCCGUCGGGGUUCGCUGUAAUCAGCGCCAAUCGUGUGGAAGGAUGGAACGAUGCCCAUGGACAAGCUGUUUCAAUUUAAAUUGAGGGCUUAUCUGUAGUCGGGACGCAUGGAGGGCUUAACGCGCAGGGGAUGAAAAAAGCCAAGCAAUGUAUCCGUGGUUUAGAC